CUUGAAUUCAUGAGUGAAGCUUCUAUGAGUGACACAACAAAGUGUACUGUCCAAUAAGGGGUGACUCCUAUUUUCUGCCCCCCACCCCGGGGGGGGGGGUAGCUGUGUUAAAUCUUUUGCAGCAAGAGCAACAGAGUCUUGUGACACCUUUAGCUUAAAACUUGGCCCUCACUAGCCAAGGUUAGGAAGGGUCAAAUCUGAACAAUUUAAAUUAAAUAAUAGGGAAAGAGAUUAUUGUUGUCACAACAACAAAUUUAUACGCAGUGCUUUUUUCGGGGGGGGGGGCAGGGGUACGCAUACUCCUAAACAUUUUGUGAAUCAAAGUUUGGCCUUAUUGAGGGGCAAUAUUUCAAUAUGAGUAGGAAAAUGAGAGUACCCCUAAACAUUUUUUAGAAAAAAAGCACUGUUUAUACGCAACAUAUACAUGUUAUUUCAUCUAGCUUCAUAUAAGGAAGUAACAGGGCACAUCUGUUACAAACAUUUCCUUCAGCCUGUCGAUUUAUUCUUUUCAUACUAUUGCUGGAUGUGUAUAUAUGCACCUAGGCUUUGAUCCUAAAUGCAUUUACUUUGACAUAAGGUCAACUGCAAUAAGAGAGAUAUGCAAUCCAUGUUUAGGAGCGUGGUGUUAGACAAAGAAAUCCUCCCUAACCUGAUGACUAUGGUUUCCUGCUCAUGUUUUCUUCCUUCAAAUAAUCUAACCUACUUCACAGAGUUGCUGUGAGAAUAAAAUGAAGGGAAAUGUUUACCCUUCUUCCUGAACUCAUAGGAGGGAGUACAGAAUAAAAAGACAAUAAGUAACUCAAGAAAAUACUUCCCCCUACCUCCUUGAAAUUUAUCCAAGCCAGAGGUAGCCAGUGUGGUGUCUCCAGGUGUGAGGCUUCAACUUGCAAUAUCCCCAUCCAGGAUGGUCAGAGGUCAGAGCUCACGGGAGCUAGCUCCGGAGGACCACAUGGGCUACCCCUGAAUUAAGCACUAUCUCUAGGUUCCUCAGUGGCUGCACUGAGCAAGACCGGAAGCAGUAGACAAAUUUAUAUGUCAUCAUUUAUCUCAUAAAGGAAUCCCACACGAGCUUAACCCCCAUAAACUGUGGUAAAGAGAAUAGAGCAAGAAUUUGGUAUGUGAGGAUGGAAACAACCAGGCAUCUCACAGGCAUCAAAUAUUCUCACACUGGAUGAAUUAAUCCAUAAUAGGACCUUCCACAUCCUAGUUGCAGUUACAGCCAUUAAAACAGAAUGGGAUUGGAAUUUUAAUUCAGUCAAUAAGCAGGCACUGAAAGCGUGAAAUAACAAUCCACACCCUUUUUAGACCCCCUUGAUAGAUUAUAAAAGUGCAGCAAGUAGUAAUUAAGCAUAGGUACUCUAAAAUACAUGUUCUACAGGGACAGUUUACUAUUCUGGAAGCUCAGUUGCCACAGGACAUAUACUUGAUUUUCUUGUGUAAGAGGAAAUCAACUGGGCGAGGACUAGGUAUUUAAUUCUACUCUUGAGUAGAAUCCUACCAGAAGACUUUUUUUAAAGCCAUCUUGUAGAGCGAUGAGUUCAGAUUUCCUGCUGAUCAGGCAAGCCCAGUAAGAGCCACAAAUUUACCCAGGCUGAGCCUACACACAUCCAACUUUAAAACCUAAAGGUCAUUCCACAUCAAAUCAACGCCAAAAACAAGGGUUUCGCCACCCACCAUCUCGGAUUUUUCCCUUUAUCACAAACAGUUUUGAUUUUAUAGCACUUCAGAGUUUUGUGAAAUCUGUGCUUCUGUCCCUCUUGAGAUCCUCGGCCUUGUGUACGUCCCCCCCCCCCCCCCAUAACCAAUGAUCAGAUCUCUUUGAAAUUUUACACAGAGCUCAAUAACAUGAUCAGGAUUUCAGGAAAAAAUACACCAGCACUCAAAAGAUUUUAUAAAUGCCUUAAAAAAUGUAUAAAUGUGGUGGAAAAACUAGGUUUAGAAACCUAAAUUUUCAGCAUGCGGGCACGAUGGAAUCAAAAGUUUUUGAUGGUGAAAAUUAUUGCAAAGACAUGCUCUUUCUGAACAAAGAAUAAAAUUUAAUGGUCUCUUAUGUCUUGUAACAGAAAUUUUACAUUUUUUGGACAUCCUGGGGAAAAUGGCUACUGGGUACAACUUUCCUACAAUCCAUAGCUGUAAUAGAAAAAAUUAAUGAAACAAAGUUGUUCAUCUUAAAAUCUAAAAUAAUAUUGGUUAUUACAGGGGGUUUUCCCCCAAAAGUAUAUUUCAACCAUAAUGGAAGGGUGUACACCAAGUUUCAUCAAAAUCCGAGAUGGUGGGUAGCAUGAUCGCGUUGAAAUGAAGUGGAAUGACCCCUAAGGCACCACCAUGGUAUUAGGGAUCCAAACUGUACAGAGUUCUGUUCAUGUAGAGGAACCUGCACCUUUAUAGUUGUACACAUGUAGGGUCUCUUGUCCAGACUUUGCACCAACCACAUGGUGGUGAGAUAAAUGGGUACACUCAUGUUGGGGACAGGGCCAGCAGGCAUGGCCCCACUCCUCUUCCAUGUAUUAAUGAAUGGGAAAGCUUGUGGAAAUGGCUUUAGCUAAAAGUGAGAUGAAAUGAAAAAUUAGUUUAAUUUGCACACCACCUUUCUCUAUUACUAUACACAAGGCAGCUUACAAGCCAAAGAAACAACAAAAUAGACAGCAAAGAUCACACACCUAAUAACAAUCUGACCCAAUACAGAAAAGUCACAAUAAAUACAUAACUUUAAAAUAAACAACUUAUAUCAAAUAAAGAAUUAUCCAACAAUCCAUUAGAAUAGUAAACAGUAAAAUUAAAUAUCAGCAAAUAUUAAUUUAACAGUUUACAUUUACCAUAUUGGCCGGAAUGUAAGCCACACCCAAAAUAAGCCACACCUUUAAAAUUGGAGGGGGGGAGAAAAAAAUACCUGAAUAUAAAUCGUUCCAUUCUUUGCUGCUCUUGGGUGCAUACUGGGGGGGGGGGGGGGAGAUUGUGCUGCGUUGUCAGCGGCCUUUCCCCUUCCUUGCUCUCUCCCUUCCCAGCCUUGGGGGAGAGGACAGGGGACUACGUGCGGGGCAGACACCACUUUGCUGCGCUUGUUGUGUUGUUUGCCCUGCGCUCCUGGCUGCAUACCGCAAGGUCGCGAAUAUAAGCCACACUUUAACUUUUCACAGUUGGAAUUUGGGGGUGGGGGGGAAAUGAGGCUUAUAUUCAGGCUGAUACAGUAAACAUAGUAAAGAAUUACUAAACUAUAAUCAAUAAAAAUAUCAGCAAGACACAAUGCAUAAAAUACCACAACAACAUACAAAACCACAAAUAUGGCAAAACAUGAAAAAGGAUCAAACUGAGAAACAAGGACAUGCAAGUUAUGAAAUUAUUUUUUAAAAAAUACCCCUGAACUCCUCUCCUCCCAGAUGCUUCUGCUCUUUGCUCAAAGUCAUGGUCUGGGAAAGGCUUCUAGGCCUGGAGGGUGGGGCAAGGCAGGUGGGAAAAGCCAUUGCCUGAUUGCCAGCACAAAGUGUCUCUCCCUUAACUUUAAUUAAAAGAAACUUGCAUAUCAGGGCUGGGAAACAACCUUGCCCGAGUCCUUGGAAGUAAAACUUCUGAGCAGUCAACUGAGCUUUUAUGAAGGGGGCAGGGGACCUUGCUUGGAGCCUAAAGUAAGAGUUCUCUACCACUUUAAAAGAUUUCAUGUUUUUAUUAUUUUGGUGUUUGCUACCCUCUUAAAAACCUAUAGCUUCAAGACCUUAUAGCAGGAGCAGGAAACCUGUGGCCCUUGAGAAAACUACAGCAUCUGCCAUCACACAACAGUACUCUUCCUUCCUAGUUUCCAGCUUCGGGUAUUUUACUUUUUUAUUAUUAUUCAGAAGCACAUGGCUUGCAACAGUGGAGGUAGAACAUAGCUAUCAGGAUUAGUAGCCACCAAUAGACUUCAUGAAUUCUUGUUUAAAACCAUCCAAACUGGUGUCAGAUAGGGUUUUUCUAGUGUGAAACCACUUCUAAGAUCUUCCAACCAGAGCCAGGUGCAAAAAACAAUAGUUUGAAUUAAACAAGGAGCCUCUGACCGAGCACAAUCUGGACCUAGGAAAGGGGUUUCCAGGACCAGAAAUGAAAAAGGCGCAAAGCCAUUUCACACAAGAGACCAUACCUGGUUAUCCCAUGCUUUCUAAACCCCAGCUGCCUAAACUGAUGGGAGGAUGUUGCUAUUCUAAAACCACCGGGAAGUCGGAAACGCUUUGUUGCUCUAGUCUAUAGCGAAUAACCCAGAGGUCGACCAGUAGAUCCCUUAUGCUCUGUUUGACAGAUUUAUCUUCUGAAGGAGGCCUGGCUGCGGAUCAGUGGCUCGUGCCCUCCCUCGCGGAAACCGUCCUCUCCGCCCACAGGUGUGCAGGGACACCUCAUCGCAGCGCCGGAGAAACCUGCACAGGAGUCAACGCGUUUUCUUUGGUGCAGCUGCCGGCACAGUGCCGAGCCUCUCGGUACGGAGAACGGACGGAGGAUUAAACAUCCGCAAUCCCGCCAACUUUCCAAACAACCAAGCAAACAUGUCGCGCCGCCGCCUCCUCUUACCCUCUUGCCAAACUUGCCUCUCAACCGGCAAAGGCUACUUUUCAGCAUCCAGAGCGGAACGUCUUGAGGCGCUGCCGCGGGACCCACCCGGACUGCUUUUUGAGAGGGACCGGACGUCGUUCGCUUUGCCUAGUCUCCAGGGUCGCCGGAUGUCCAACGCCGUUGCCGGAAGUUGCCGAUAAGUGUUUCCAGGGGCUCGCCGGGGCGAGAGUUCCUCGAGUUCGGCGGCUGCGCUUCCCUUCCUCGGGGCGCGGAAGGGAGGUGAGAAGUAGGCGAGGGCCUCGUCGGGCGGGCGUGGCAUCUCCUGCCCCUCGCCUUUCCCUCUUCGCGGCCACGCGGUGGGCCCGGGCUAAACUUCCCCAGCAUCUUCCCUUGAGGCUCCCCUUCUCUAUUCCCUCCCACCCCGGGCAGGGCCUCUGCUCUCACUUUAACAGAACUGCGCGAGGAGUCUAGAAGCCCGCGGGUGCCGCUUCCGCAGCAAUAAAGGCGAAGCGUCACCUGUGGAACUUGUGCUCCUUGGGCAGCUGGAGUUCAAGUUACAGGAGGUGCGGUUGGAGGGAAGGGUCAGAAGUGAAUUGAGAGACAUGAGCUGGAAGGGACCACGAGGGCUAUCUAGUCCAACCCUUUGUAACGCAGGGAUCUUUUGCCCAACGUGGGGUGGGAACCCACGACUCCGAGAUGGAGAGUCUCAUGCAUCUAAAUUCCUGUUGCCAGAAACUCUUCUACCCCUACUCCUUUUCAUUCCUCUUUUUUUUUUCUCCCUUGUUGGCUGCAGAGGCAAGUAUGUAGUUCUGGAGCACGUGCUUUGCAUGCGGAAGGCCCCAGGUUCGACUCAUACCGUAGCAUCUCCCCAAGUAGAACUGGGAUAGGCGGCUCCUGUCUGUGUCAUGGAUUGGCUGGAUGCAUAGGAGUGGUGGGAGGCACCAGCUGAGGAAUCCCCCAAGGAACCCUAGGGGAAGAAGACUCAGAGUUAGGGGAGUGGUGGAAUGAUCAGAGGGAGAUGCCUGGGAGGUGGUGGUGUCGGAAGCAGAAGAGGUAACAGGGUUUAGUGAGCAGGAAGAGGCUGUGGCAGAGACUGAAGCAGAGGCUAGAGAGGAGGUUGGCUAAGAGGCAGAGUUGAGGCAGGCUGCUGAAGAAUCCAGGGAGUUGCCCCCUCCCGCUGUGACCACCCUAAUCCCAACCUCCAGACUCAUAAAAAACACACAGGAGAAAAGGAAAAGAGCAAAGAGCAGAGAUUGAUUGUGGGCUGAUGCCGUUUUCAACUGCUUGGGAAAGACCCUGGAGAGAAGGAGGUUUAGAGAGCAGGGGAAAAGUGAGGACCUUCAGUCCUUGCAAUUGCCUCAUUGGAGCAAGACCUACUGGGAAGAGUUGCUGGGAUCACUAGGCCUGUGCUGUUUUGGUUUCGUGAAUAAUGAGUUAACUUCACUGUGUUUUUUAUUGGUGACCUAUGCCUGACACAGUCUCCUUGCAGUACUGAGGUAGCUGGACCAAUGGUCUGACUCAUUAUAAUGCAGCUUCCUAGUUUCUUUUCAAGCCUACAGUAGUCAGAAAGCCUGCACACAUAAGUUUUUUAAAUCCUAUUUACUUUGGGACUUGAAUCUUGUUUCCUGAUGGAGGUAGUUGUGACUUCUAUCCCAUGGACAGUGAAGAUAAAUUCAGUUGGGAAAUUAUUUUGCCUGGCUUCUAUAUAAUGAGUCAGGAAUGUGGCCCAUCAAGCUUGGCACUGACUAGUCUAGCAAGAGCCUAGUCAUAUAUGUAUCAUGCUUGUAAAGUGUAUUCAGAUGAGAUUUGUUUGCUCUCUUCUAGAUUUCUCAUAAGGUUGUAGUGUGACCAAGAGACAAGCAGAAAUGCAGAUAGAUCAAGACCUGGCAAAGCGGCUCUUUUUUGAGGGCGCUACAGUCAUCAUUUUGAAUGUGCCAGAAGGAACAGAGUUUGGCAUUGACUACAACACUUGGCAAGUGGGCCCCAAGUUCCGUGGAGUCAAGAUGAUACCCCCUGGAAUUCAUUUCCUUCACUACAGCUCUGUUGAUAAGAACAAUCGCAAAGAGAGUGGCCCUCGCACCGGCUUCUUCAUGAACUUGCAGCCGCGUGAUCUGCGAGUGCUACACUGGGACCCUGUCAGGGAAGAAGUAGACCUUACCCCAGCUUCUGAAAAUGAGACUGAAGCAAUGAGGACUAACCUCCAGGAGAUGGACCAAUUUCUGGGUCCUUACCCAUAUGACACUCUUAAAAAAUGGAUUUCCCUCACUAAUUUCAUUAAUGAAUUUGUGAUGCAAAAACUACAGCCAGAAAGCGGACAGAUAUGUGCCUUUUCAGAAGUGCUUCCUAUUUUGCCUGGGAGGUUUACUAAAGAUCGAGUUGAACAGAACCUGCCCCGGUAUGACACAGAGUGCAAAAGCUAUGCAGAGGGGUUGGCCCGGCUGCCCAAAAUGCAGCUGAAAGCUGGCACUGAGAUCAGGUUUACAGAAAUACCUAAGCAAAUGUACCCUGAAGGUGCUACCCCUGAAGAAGUUACUAGGCAUAGCAUGGACCUUAGCUAUGCCCUGGAGACGGUGAUCAGUAAACAGUAUGCCAGCAAUUCCCAGGAUGUGCUUGGUGAGUUAACUGGCUUUUACAGAAAUUGCUUUUCUUGUUGCUAUCAAAGUAUCUCUCAGGUGCCAUUUGCAUGCCAAAAUGUGUCUGGAAACAAAAUUUCUGAACCGUAAUGCAUACUUUCGUUUUGAAGAGGUAUGCAGGGCUUUUUUCAGUGCUUGCAUCUGUCAUCAAUGUAACAGUUCAGUUCCACUCAUGAAUGCUUCUAUGCUGUUCAGAAGUAAACCGAAAAGUAGCCUUUUGUGAUAACAAAUCUGACUUCACUUAUAACAUUUAUAUCUGGUUAAGUGAUAAAUUUGGGUAGGGUGCAGACUCCCUCACCCGCUUCUCACUAAACAACCAUGGACAGUAGGUUAAUUGAGAAACCAAAAAUUUCUCAUGUGUGAUAUUGGUGACCUCUAGUGGUAAAGCUAGGGUUCUGCUUUGAUAGAUUUCAGAAGUAAGGCAUUUGUUAUUUAAUUACUUAUUAGAGUCAAUUGGCUGCUGUCUCUCAGUAGUGGUACCUUAAUUAUCAGCUCUCACCCUUGGAAACAAAGGAAAGCUGUGGACAUGUGCUACCCUAGGGAGCAUGUUCUUGAAUAAAUCCUAUAGAUAUCAUGGGGAGAGAACCAUGAAAUCAAGCUGGGAUGACAGUAGCCUUCUCAAGAUUAGUUUAGUAAUUAUAAUAAAAUCCUCUGUUUAUAUCUAAUUUUCACAGAAUAUAACAUUUGGUAUUGAAACUAUCCACAGGAAAGCAGUUUAAUCACUUCUGCAAAUAAUUAAGAUUUUCAUGCAUUGCAAGGUUUAAGUUUUUCCUUCAUUACUGAUUUAUCUGCAUUACAUGUUGGCAUCUACAAAUCCACUUGCAGAGCUUAAGUGCCCCAGACCCUUUAGUGAUAAAAAUGACCACAGUUCCUGACGUCUCAAAGCUAAGAAGCCUCUUCUGCUCUUUCUUAACUUCUCCAUCCAUCUCAGCAGAAGUGGGAGAAAUCCCUGUCCCUCAAGCAUUCUGCACAUGCUGGAGGCCUUAGAGAGGGUAGGGGUUGGGUACAAACAGCAGCUAAGCAAUAUUUGUGGACCUCUGUUUACUGUAUUUUUUGCUCUAUAAGACUCACCUUUUCCCUCCUAAAAAGUAAGGGGAAAUGUGUGUGCGUCUUAUAGAGCGAAUGCAGGCUGCACAGCUAUCCCAGAAGCCAGAACAGCAAGAGGGAUUGCUGCUUUCGCUGCGCAGUGAUCCCUCUUGCUGUUCUGGCUUCUGAGAGUCAGAUUUUUUUUUUCUUGUUUUCCUCCUCCAAAAACUAGGUGCGUCUUAUAGUCUGGUGUGUCUUAUAGAGCGAAAAAUACGGUAAAUGCUGGAACUCAUUCUGAACCCUGGACCAGUAAUUGCCAAUAAUAGAAAUUAUGCAGAGCAUUGGAGUAUAAGUAUGCAAGCCAUUAAGCUGUAUAGAAACUUAAUCAGGCAAUGUUGUUACAUGAGGAAGGGCAGGUAAACAGUGAUGGCUAAUCUUUUUGCCAAAUGUGGCUCAUGUCAAAUCCAAACCAUGAGAGAACUCUGCUCUAGUGCCUAGUUCAGUAGCUAUACAGCCCCCUGUACCUUAAUGUGGUUUUAUCACAAGCUUUCUCUGCCAGGGAGGAGGCAGGCAGAAUACCACUGUGGAGCUUACCUUGUGGGCAUGCCAAAUAUAUAGCCCUCUUUUUCUUUGAAGUUCUAGGCAUGCACCCAAAGCAGGUUUAUGGAGGCCCUAGUGGGCCACCUUACAUUGCUGUUGGGCUGUGUUCACAAGUUAUGCAGAUCUGCUUUAUAUCAUAGCCAAGGCUUUCAUGUAAAGAUCUUAAUUAGAGAGGCUCUCAUGCCCUUGCUGUUGGGUGGCUGGCUGUAGAGAGAGGAACUUCAUGGUGGUGGUAUUCCGGUUGUGAAAUGCUCUUUUCAGAGAUAUUUGCUGGCACCUACCUUAUUGUCCUUUUGAUGCCUGAAAAAAAAAGUAUUUCCUGGUAUCUUUAGACACCAUAUCAAUCCUGCUGACUCCUUCAUGCUGCUUUUACGAUAUUGUGGCUUUUAGUUUAUUAUGGGGUUUUUUUGUAUUUACUUUUUAACUGUAUUAUUGUGUUUGUAAAUUUUCCUUGAAGUAUGAAUGGUGUUAUAAAAAUGGUUAAAUAAAUAAUAAAAGCAGUGUACCCUUUUGUUAUGCUACCAGAAUUGAAGCUAAACAAACACCUUCUUGUUUUUUUUCUUUUGUGUGUGCGUGUGUGACCUUUUCAGGGGAACUGCAGUUUGCCUUCAUCUGCUUCUUGAUUGGGAAUGUAUAUGAUGCCUUUGAGCACUGGAAGAAACUCCUGAAUCUCUUAUGCAGGUCAGAGGAUGCCAUAGUGAAGCAUCAGGCCCUGUUCGUUAACCUCAUUUCGGUCCUGUACCACCAGCUCAGUGAAAUCCCAGCAGACUUCUUUGUGGACAUUGUUUCCCAGGACAACUUUUUAACCAACACCUUGCAGGUAAAGGAGCUGGUUUUGGUACUGUAGAGGUUGGGAAGCAGUAGUGGGGUGAAUUUCCCCAAGAACUGCAUGCAUGUGCAAAAUGCAGCGUCAUAAUGACAGGCAGUUCUCACAAUGUGAAAUUGAAUGGUUUUUGUUUGAAUGUUCAUACCAUUUAAAAUUUAAAAAAGUAAGAAAGCUCCCCAGCUAAUCAAACUAAAAUCCAGUUUUUGUCUUGAGACGAAACUACUAUGGCAAGCUAUCAUGAGGUUUGCCUCCCCAUAUUGAAAACCUAUGUUACAAUCCUUUCUCUUCCCAUAAUGUGCUGUUAAAAUGUCCAAUGUAACAUUGUUACAUAUAUUUUUCUGACCCUGUUCCUUUUCUUUAAAUAAUGAAAAUUUUAUUUUAUUUUGAAAUGGAGUUAAAAAUACUGGCCACAGAACAUGCAUACACUCUCACAACUCAAUUUUUAUUGUUGUAUUUAUAUAGUACUUUAUAUGUGAAUCUUACAAAAAGUUUCACAAAAAACAUUGCAGCAGUAAGCAUAAUUUAGGGAGGGAACCAGGCAGAGGGCCUUCUCAGUAGUGGCGCCUGCCCUGUGGAAUGCCCUCCCGUCAGAUGUCAAGGAAAUUAACAACUAUCCGACUUUUAGAAGAUAUCUGUUUAGGGAAGCUUUUAAUGUUUGAAGUUUUAUUCUGCUUUAAAUGUUCUGUUGAAAGCCGCCCAGAGUGUCUGAGGAAACCCAGCCAGAUGGGCGGGGUAGAAAUAAUAAUAAAUUAUCAUCAUCAUCAUUUUUUUUUAAGAGAGUUAAAACAAAAGAGAGAAAAAACUGCUUGUUUAGAGUGAACAUCAGGGCAAGAUGGUUUUUCCAAAAGCUGUAUGGUAGCAGUUGGGAGAGAGAGGGGCCACCCCUGAGAGCUAGGUGGUAGCAGGUCACCAGGCUGCUUCUCUGGUGUUAUCUGAGAAGUUUGGAGGACUUCCACAUAGGAAAUAAACAGAAACCAUGAUAUCAUAAUACCUUUUUGAAUGAUUUUGCUGAGUAAGUUUGUUUAUAAGCAUAGUCUCUAGAUUUUAAUUAUCCCAGAGUGGCUGGGGCACAAUUGUUGUUGUUAUCCCAGCUGUAUACAAUUGCUUAAGAAAGUCUUUGUGCUGGAAUCUAUGGUAGUUCAUUCAAAAUGUUGAUGGAGGAUAGAUUUCGGAGAUAGCUGUGGUUUAGUGUGCGGUAAUCAGCAACCAUGUCCCAAAACUCCUGCACUAUUGGGUGUUUCCACUAAAGGUGAAAGCAUUAAGCAAUGCAAGUUCAUCCCUUCCAAUAAUGCUGACUUAUGUUUGAAUAGAAAGCCUUACAGGGAUAAUAUAUCACUUACUGAGAACUUUUUCUUCAUCUUUCUUUAUAUUGGUAUUAAUUGCUAAAUUUGCAAAAGGGCUGCAGAAUCUCCUGAAGAGGGGUAGGGUCUUGUUGCUUAAGUAGACCCUGUUCUGCUCUUGCAUACCCCACUCUGUGUUGAAUUCUACCCAAUCACUGUCAAUCACUUUCUUCCAAAGAAAGUGUCUCUCCCAUGGCCAUGCAUAGGAUAGAUUGGCCUUUGGAGGAUGUUAUAAGUAGAUGAAGUCAUCUCUCUAGCCAAAGAUGUAGUAGCUUCUGUGGUUGAUUCAAACAAAGUGAGUGGGUACUUGUUUGGUGAAUCUGGCUGAGAAAGUGAUGUAAUUGUAUGGAUACAGAAACUGUAUGGUUGAUUCAGGGUUCCUUUUCAAGAUAUUUACAUAAGAGAGAGAUUUUCCUUUUUUCAAUAGAUCAAACUAAAUUUUUGCUGCUAUCCCAGAAUUAAAGCCACAGAUUAUGAAUGAUACAAUACUGAAAUUAGUGGAGACCUAGAAUCAUAGUAUUGUAGAGUUGGAAGGGACUCUGAGGGUUAUCUAGUCAACCCCCCUGCAAUGCAGGAACAGCAGCUAAAGAAUUCCUGACAGAUGGACAUCGAACCUCUGCUUAUAAACCACCAAGGAAGGAGAGUCCACCACCUCUUGUGUGAGUCUGUUCCACUGUCAAACAACUCUUAAUGUUAGAAAAUUCUUACUGAUGUUUAGUUGGAAUCUUCUUUCUUGUAACUUGAAUCCAUUGGUUUGGAUCCUUGCCUCUGGAGUUUGCUCCAUCCUCCAAGUAUAUUUGAAGAUGCUACUGCUCCUCCCUGUUUGAACUUUUCCUUCUUUAGUAGGUUGUACCCCACAAUUUCUACCUUCCAGUCAUGAGUCACACCCCACCAGGUUUCAGUAAUGCAUAUUAGGUUAUAUUUGCCAUCCUGCAUUAAGAGCUCAAGUUCUUCUUGUUUUCCCAUACUCUGUACAUUCGUAUUGCUCACAAAGUGGUGAUUUUGCCAGCUACUUUGAAUAUAAUGCAAAGGAACGAUCUAACCCUAAGAAAGAAAGAAAACCCCAUGCCCAAGGCAUCCGUUUCAGGUGCCUGUCUAGCCUUUGCCUGAGCAUCUCCAGUGAAUGAGAUACCACAGCUUUCUCUGAUUUCUGCCUUUCGCCUUUCUGGCUUUGUCCUGGCAGACUCCUUUUAGACUUUGUUCUGGCAAAUUUACCCAGAACAGAAAUAAAAUAAAGCAAGAUGGGCUAUGCGAGUGAGUGCUGCAUUUGUUCCAGAGGACCAGGAUGCCAAAGUACAUGCACAAUUCCUCUCUAUGUGAUCAUAGAAGGGUGGCAGUCACCCUUCCCAUCUAUCAGCAUCCCUCCAUGUCUCAACCAUUGCUACUGCAGAAGGCUUGUAGGCAUUCGGGAUCAGCUUUUUGUGCAGGGGAGGAGGCGCUGCUGUAGCAAAGAGAGCUGAAAGCCUGCAUCUGUGCAUGAAAGAUUGAGCAUGGCCUCUUGGAUCCCGGCCAUAGAAUUUAGCUGUUGUGUGUCAUUCAUUCUGGAGGACUGACAACACUCUUGUCAACAAAUUGAAAUUCAAUCAGGCUGUAUAAUAAUGAUAAUUGUUUCUUUCCAGCUUUGAAGCUGAACAGAAGCAGUACAUUUUUUAAAAAAAACACACGAGGCAGCUGGAGGAAGCAUCUCCUAGUUGCUUUAUGAUGGUUGUAAACAAGAGUUGUUGACAGCAGGUGGCAGUUCCCGAUAUUCAAGUAACCCAUUAGCUAAUUUGUGUAUAUGUUUGUCUGCAAGACCUAAGAAAAUUACAUUGUGCUGCUGCUUCCUGAUGAAAGCUUGCUUUGAGGGCCUUCAGGGAAGCUAACCUUGCAGAAGACAGUUUGAGUUUUCAUGUCAUCAUUUUGCUAUCUAUGUCUAGAACAGUAUGCUGCAUUGGACAUCAGAGGUGCUAUUCAACUAAGCUGACUCAUUAUAAUGAAUGAACAUGGCUAAGUUAAGUCAAUUUAUUCAGUGAGUCUUCUGUGAGUAAAACGUAGCUCAAUACCACCCUAAGGCUUCAGAUCCUUGCCCAGCUAUAAAGCUCCCUGGGUCACCCUGGUCAUUCACCAUUUCUUGGCCUAACAUAUGUUGCAGGAGUAUUGUCUGAAUAUGAUGGAUAACUCUGAAAUCACCAGGGAAAGGUAUAUAGGCAAUAAAAUUCCAAGGUGGGAAGGAUUUCUGUGUGCUUAUUUGCAAGCAAGAAGUGUGACGCUGUUCUUGUACUGUUUUGUAUGCACAUUGUUCCCACACAACUAGCGAGGCUUUAAUUUACUUCCUCCUCCUUAUGGGGACAUAUGUACAAUUUUACUUUGACUGCAAUGUCAGAUACAGGAAUUAUUUGUAGAGCAUUCCCAUGACUUAGAACGCAGCUGUGCAAUAUGCAUUUACUCAUUUAUCUCAGGCUUUCAGUGCUCACUGAUGGUUGGGAGGUGUUACAUUCAUAAAUGUUAAUGGCAAAUUUUUCUCAAACUGAAUUCUGGCAGAACCAUUUCCUUAUUUUAGUGACAUGUAUGCUGUGCUUCCCUCUUAUCACUUUUAUGGCUGGCCCAAACAUAGAGCUUUCUGGAUGUCAGAGAACUUCUUGAAAGCAUGAAUGUCAAGUGACAAUGUCAGGUUUUGUGUCUUUUCACCUUGUUAGGCAAGCCUUUUCCACCCUUGUUAUUAUAACUGGGAAAUAGAUCAUCUUGUACCUCUGAGCUUUAGGUGCAGCAUUCUUCUUAAUAAUAGUGCUUUAGUUUGGGCUGAAAUUAGAAAUUCUGGCCAAAGAAGGUAAUGCCAGUUGAGACUGAAUACUGUGUUACUAAACUGGAAAUGCAUUAAUAUUGGCUUUUUUAAAAAAGAAAUUCUUACAUGAACGACAGAUAAAGAAAAGAAAGACUUUAUGUCUUGUGUGAGGCCAUAUAAAUUAGAAUGGCAAGAGAGGGGAAGAUAAGCACUUGAGGCGCUGUGGGGUUCUUUGUGCGGGACAGAACCUGUUUAGCUUGUGGAAGAGGAGCAUGUCAAAUGGGGCCUUUGAACAGUGGAAUCUGGAACUGUCUUAAGUAUUUUUAAACAUGGGCUAGAAAUUUUGAUUUAUUAUAGAUAGAUAGAUAGAUAGAUAGAUAGAUAGAUAGAUUCUGUGCCACAAGCCAAACCCUUCUUCACAUGCAAAAAAUAACCUGUCGGCGCUGCCUAGCAGACAGAAAGAUUAUUGCUUAAUCAUUAAAUAAGCUGAACUGAGUAGCAGCAGGUUGCUUUGUUUCUCCUUCUCAAGAGGCCACAAGGCAACUUGAUCCCUGCCCAGCAUAGCGCAUAAAAAAGGGGGGGGGCUCAUUUAAAUACCUGCUACCUCACGAAGCGCAAGUAGAUAAAUAGGUACUGCUCCGGCGAGAAGGUAAACGGAGUUUCUGUGCACUGCUCUGGUUUGCCAGAAGCGGCUUAGUCAUGCUGGCCACAUGACCCGGAAGCUGUACGCUGGCUCCCUCGGCCAAUAAAGCGAGAUGAGCGCCACAACCCCAGAGUCGUCUGUGACUGGACCUAACAGUCAGGGGUCCCUUUACCUUUACCUCCCAAACCAGGUGCAGCUCUCUCCUCUUCCGCUCUCCAACUCCCUUGUUUCCUGCCAUCUAGCCUGAUGAAGACUUCUGGGGAACUCAAAACUUACAUAUGAUUUUGGAACCCUUUUUAUGGCCUUGCAACGGCAUUGCUUUGAGGUAGAUUUUUUUUUAUUACCUUUUAUCUUAUGGGACCACCUUUUAAUAUUUGCUAAGCUUUUGGUAUCCCAGCAGUACCUGGCUGAUUUUUUUCAAAAUGCAGUGACUGGACACUUCAUUUUUCGUGUGGCUGUUACUGUGCUGGUGAAGGGAGUAAAACAAAACAAAAAUAAGGGUUUUCGUUUUCUAAUGCCUGGAUUACUUUGUAAUUAGUUUGGUAGGAGAAGGCACUUCACACUAUGACAAACAAGGUGCGAAAUGACACAAAGCAAUGAACCACACCUUGAUCUUUUUGUGCUUUUUCCUGCUGUCUGUAGGUCUUUUUUUAAUUUUUAAAAAAGCAGCAACAACAGCACAAGCUUUCCUCCUGCAUUACAAAGUUUCUCCUUUGCGUGUUUCUGCAAUGGAAAUGUCUUUGCUUUUGGCUAUCAGUCGGUUGCCUUGGAAAUGAAUUAUGUGUAACAAAUUUAGCACAGAGGCAGAAGAGAUGAGCUUAGAGAUGAGAUUUCUAAUCGAACACACAUGUGAUGGGUCAAAAGUAACAGGAAAUAUCCCCUUGUGUGUGAAAAGUUAAGAGAUUUAAAUUUGAGAGAGCGUGGCCCUUUCAAAAUUAUGGUUAAUUCUAAGGCUCAAGUUAUUCAUAAAUAGAAUGAAUCAUAUUACCUGAUUAUAAAACCUUUUGAAUACUUCUAUUUUUAAAAGAAAAUUGUCUCACCCAGAUAAUUUGGAAGUAACGGUUACUUUCUUAAAAAUCGUGGGCAGCAGGUGUUAGAGGCAUUCCUCCUCCCGUUUUCCGUAACAGGGAAGCUCAGUUGGAGACUCUUAAUCUCAGGGUUGUGGGAUUCAGCCCCAUUCUGGGCAAAAGAUUCCUGCAUUGCAGGGGGUUGGACUAGAUGACCCUCGUCCCUUCCAACUGUACAAUUCCAUGAUUCUAUGAAUGUGGCUUUUAAGAUUGUGCCUGUUGUGGCAUAUGGGCAACCUCAUAUUUGCCUAUUUGGCAUGGGUGACACAAGGGAGACGGAUCAGGGUGGCAGAGGAGGGAUGGAUUGCUCUAUCACGUUUCCAGCCUACUUGAUUUCCUUCUUCCCGUGGAGGAAGGGUCUAGCUCAGACCCACCUGCACAUUCACACCCUGUUUGAUAGAAAGUAGAGUUUGCUUUUGCUUUUUAAAAAACUAAUCUGCACUUCUAUGCUGGCCAUGGAGAGGGCCAAUAUGAAAUAACAUUACUCGCCUUGUAGCAGCCUAGCAACGUUUGUGGGCUUCUUUACAAGGCUUCCUUACACACAUUCUUUAGAUGUGUGCACGAUCUAAAGCAUUUCCCCCCUUCAGAAAUGUUUUCAUAUACAGAUUUUUGGAGGCUUAAUUGAUCACCAGUAAACUGGGUAAAUCUGAAAUGAUUAAUGGACUAAGGUUUCUCGUAUCCUGUAACAGUUCCCAUUUAUCCAGGAAUUGCUAUAAUUGACAUGGUUUGAGAUCUUUUUUCCUGUACAAGAAUGCCAGAAUUCUGUUUCUUCCCAACAUCCAAAACAGAGUAUUAUGGAUAACUGAGCAUGGCUUGACUCCAUUGCUUCUCUAAGUCACAACUCUAAACCUUUCAAGUGAAUUGUGCUUAGGUUUGUAUCAGGUUUUUGUGUGUGCCUCUGUGAUGCAGGAGCAUAUUAGGUUGGGAUUUGACCUUUGACGUUUUCCCCUUAAAAUUAUUAUUAUAUUAUUAGUAUUAUAUGUAUGCAGUCCAGUCGGGUUCCUCCUCUCUCUGUGCCCAAUGGUGUUUUACUGAGAGUAGGCCCAUUGAAAUUAAUGGACCCUAGUUAGUCAUGUUCAUUAACUUUGGUGAGUCUACUCUGGGUAGGACUAGCAUUGAAUACAACCCAGUGUGUCUUCUAUACUAUUCUACUAACGGACUGUACUGUGUUUUUUCUAGGUCUUCUUUUCCUAUACCUGCAGCCCAACUGUUGACAGGACUCUGAGAAAGAAGGCAGAGAGGUUUAAAGUCCACCUAACCAAGAAGUUCAAGUGGGACUUUGAGGCUGAGCCAGAAGAUGAUGCCCCCGUAGUAGUUGAGCUUCCAGAAGGGGCACUUGUGGACUGAAUGGCAAUUUCCCUUUUCCUGUUUUGUUUUUAAAGCAGUAUUUUGAACUGUUGUACCAUACUUGAUUCUGUGUUCUACACUUCUAUUUUCUCCUCCCUUCACGGAGGCAGAACUGUGAAAUCCAGAAAGUCUACCAACUUCCUUCCUGCUGGAAAUAAAAAUUCUGGGAGAUACAGACUAGAUUACGUCUAGAUUCUAUGCCGGAUUGAAUCAUUUUGACCGCCAACGCUUGCUGUGACUCAGUUCUUUUGUCACUAACUAUCUCGUACUCUUACCUGGAAGUAAGCUCCAUUGAAUACAAUGGAGUGUACUUCUUUGUUAACAUGUGCAGGAUUGCACUGUUUGAUCGUUGAUGAACACACUUUCCUUUGUUGAAGAACCACAUGUGACAUAGUGGUAUUUAAGUCUUGACUUGUUUAUUCUUUAGUUCCAUGCUGCUUUAGUUCCAUAACUGGUAAGCCAGAUGGCUGUGUUCAGGAGACGUUGUGCAUCAUCUUCUAAUACAUGCCAGAACUGAACAAUGCUGAGCAGAGAUAUUUCGUAAACACUGCAAAUGGAGUUAGCCUACACAACUUGGGUUGUCAUUCAUUGUAAAUCUCCAAGCUUUUGCUUUUACUGUGGCGUUACUAGAAUUAUUCCUAUCGGUUUUUUUCAUUCCAUCACUUUUAUACUCUGUCCCUACCUUUCUUUAGCCUGCCGGAGGAUUUCCUUACCACUUUCCAGAGCAAUAGAAGUGUCCAGGGGGAGCAAAUGUGAAAUGAAAGAGAAAUUUCAUAUUUAAUCAAUGGCACUUUCCUGUCUGAGACUUUACUAAAAAGCUCCAUGGAAUGCUCUUAUUUCUUUUUACUUAUGUCCUCUCUCAGGACAGACAAGCACUUCCUGUUGUUACUUCAGAGCAAUGAAAAUGCUAUAAAACAGCCUGCAGCAAGCAUGCUGCCUGUUAUCUUUUAAUGCUUUCUCUGAGGUGCAGGAUGUUGGUACAUUUUUCAAAUAAGAAUCCCUACUGUGUCAGGCUCCGUCAAGAGUUGGUGUGUGUAUCUGACAAGAUAACCUGUGUGUUAGCGUUCAGCACACAAUAAAUGUUCCUGCGUUAGGUAUUUCUACAAAAUGUCCCUAAAGUCUUCUCUGUGUGAAAUAUUUUAGCAAAGGUGUGCUCUGGGUGGUUGCUGACAUGGCUGCAAUGGCGAUGAAAUGUUCUUUAUCUUGCUUACCACCUUGUCUGUUUCAUACCCAAGUGUAGCUAGUUUUCAAGUGCUAUGCUUUAGUAUUAAUAUAAGUUAACAUUCAUGGUCUGCAAAGCCCUGAGUUUCUGUCCCUUCAUAUGUAUAAAAGUAGUCACAGAAAUCGGAUAUAAGAAGGCAAGUCUAACUUAAUCCAGGAUGACUCACCUCUAUAAUUACACAUAACAGCCUUGUUCAGAUGUAAACCUGAGGCUUAGAUUUUAAACCAUAAUUUCUCAUUAAAUACCCAUGACUGCUCACCUGCUCUCCUGCACGGCUGGGCGGAAAAGCUUUACCUAACUCCACCACUGUUGGGUGGGUUUUGUCAUCUGGGGUGGCAUGUAACACCCCAACUAUAAUUUGUUUUUGUGUCUGACCCAGGGCAAACUCGCUAGCAGUAACUACGGUUUGUGUGAACAAGUCAACUUCAAACCACAGUUUAAAAUCCUGGCUUGUUUGGAUAAACCAUAGUUAAGGCACAUGUCACAGUUCAGCCUCGGUGACAAAAUGUGCUUAGCAGCAAGUAGGACUAAAUGCUUCCAUUUUAGACUCUGGGCUUGAUGGUUAUAUGAGGGGGUCCUCUGGCUCACUCAACUGAGUGGGCCCAUGUGCUAGCAUUCUGAUCUGAUGGCACCACUGCCACCAAGAUACGGCAAAGGCUUGGCUGCAUUCAUGUAUGCAGAGUGUCUGUUUGCAUGCUCUUGCUGCACAUCCUUCAGUGGCUCAGCAGUUCCUGCCUGUGUAGUAUUUCCAGUCCUAAUCCUUGCACAGGCACUGAACAACCAAGAAGUCAGAAGGAGGAUCCAGCCAUUCCCAGUGUCCUACAGCCAGUGAGCAGGGGCUUGACAAAGUAAAACGCUAAGCCUUAAGACCUGCUAUCACUAUGAAAAAGGGUUUUUUCCCAUAGUGUGUGGUCACAGUUGGGACGUUUUGUAGAAAAAUAAUUCUGAGACAUCUUGACUUAAAAAAAAAUGUUUAACAGAAAGUGGAGAAGAUGUAUGUAUGUAUGGACUAAAGGUUUUUAAUAAACUUUUUUUUAAUGUAACUGGCAGAUGGAAAACAGGAAGUUCUUUUGUAUCUUUUGCUAAUUGGUUUUUUUAUUAUUCUUUCUCUUUCCUUUAUUUCUAUCGCCCUUUUCUUCCUUUCUUCAGUUCGUAUCUUUGGUAGUUGUAAUCUUAUUGUAUUAUGGGAAACAUUUAAUAAUAAAAGAUCUUAAAGCCC